AUGUAAGCGAUGUAAGAAAUUUCCUGUCCUGGCCAGUUUGGCUCAGCAGUUGGAGCAUUGGCCUGCAGACCAGAGUCCUGGGUUUAGUUCCCACUAGGGGCACAUACAAAAAAAAGAAAUUUUCUGUCCUGUUUAUACUUACAUUCCUACUGCUUGGGGAUGUAAAUUUAAAAAUCUAGUUUUAGAGCCCUAGUUUGUUUCAUCCACCCAUUUAAUGCUGGAGGAAGGCAAAUCAGUGACAGUUUAUCCUUGAAGUAUGGAUUGCGUGAGAAGCCUCUGUGUAGAAAUGGCUGCCAGGCUCUUAAAAAAAAUGAGCCCCUUUAUCCACCCAAAUCCCUUCUUAGUAAGUGUCUUCUUUCUCAGGAUCCACGUUUGAUAUCUGGCUUGUGAGGGGCACAGAGUGUACUGGUGUAAGAGAGGAGGGACCUGGAGAUGAAUGCAAAAUGUCCUCAGAUCAAGGACUACAAGCAGGAAUUUUUAUGAAUCAAGAGGUGUGGCGGACAUUUAUUAGCAUGUCAGUUGCUCUCCAGUUUUUAAACCACUCAGAUCCAGGAAGUCUUGCUACCUGCCAAAGCAAAGAGUCCCAUGAGGCUAAGCCAACAGAACUCAGGCAUGCAUCAAUCCACACAUCUUGGAAAAAUAGCUUAGUGGCUUGUUUUGAUCCACCUCUUGAAGUAGUUUCCACCAGGAACCCAAUCAUGUACAACAAAAGGGCAGCUGACCCAGACCAUCCUGACCUUGCUGAUUUGUUGGUGAAAAACAAGAAUCUUUUAGCUGAGCUAAGAAAUCUUCAAAACAAACUUGUUGUAAAAGAAACUUCAUUGCAAGAGAUGAAGAGUGAGCUAGAAAGUUACAAAGAAAAGAACUCGAAACAGUCGUUCCAGAUAAUCUCCCUGAAAAAUGAUAUCAAGAACCUAGAAGAGCUUAUUACUACCCUAUCCAGAAUUAAAUGUUUGAAAAGCAUCAAUAUUCAGAAUCUUGAAAGAGGCAACCAGGAUUUAAAUGAAAGAAUUUUAGAACUAGAAAACCAUCUAAGAGUACAUCUUUUUGAAAAGGAAAGGGCAGAGCACAAAGCAAACCUUUUGGAGAAAAAGUUAGCAGAUGUUAAUGGAUUCACCCCUUAUAUGAAUAUGAAAAGACAAGAAGAUACCUUAGGUGGUUUCAUAAUAAAGAGAGCUGAAGGCCUUCAGCAGGAAAUUCGCAUGCUUACUAAGCUACUGGAGCAGGUUCAUCAUCAUCAUGAAGAAUCAUCCCAAACUGAAGAGAAGUGUGGGGAACAAAAAAGACCCUUAAAAUGCCUGGAAGGAAAAAUUGCCAUCAGUGACUUUUUUCAAGGAAGAUUAGACUUGAGGAGGAAUAAAGAAAACUCCAGGACUAAGAAUUCCCAGAUAGAUGAGAACAGCAAGAUGUUCAAACAGAUAGAGAAAGACAAUAGGCAACAAACAUUAUUGAACAUUAAGCAGAAUUUGCAGAUUGUGACAACUCAAAGAUUAGAGGAAGAAAUUCAGAUGCUUCAGAAACAGCUCAGUGAUUUGAAAUUGUCAAAUAAAAAUAUGAAAACCCAACUGACAAGGGUAAAUUUCCUUAAAGACAAUACAAUUCAGAAGCUCAGGCAAUCUUUAAUAAAAGUUGAAGCAGUGAAAGGGAAAGCAGUUAUGAAAAUAAAUAACUUGAAAACUACAUUAGACUCAGCCAAGCAAGAGGCAAGAUGGGACAAAGACAGGGCCCAUCAGAUGGUAGAUGCUGUCACUCCUGCUUGCACAGCAAAGAAUACACUUGAAGAAGUAUCAGGACAACGACAAGAGCAUGUCAACUUUCGAGACACUAUAUUGAAGAUAUUGGGAUUUAACAUGAAAACAGCAGACAAGGAAAUUAUCACUUACUUAAGGCUUAUUAUCCAAGCUUAUGAAGCAUCUAACAAAUCGAAGAUUGCUUCUAAUUGUGAGACUGGACAAAAUAAUGCAUAA